CCGAACAUAGCCUGCCAGCCUGGUGGAGCAAAGAACAUCGAACAGGUGGCGGCCUAUACUCCUGCAAACCAAAACGAAAACGAAAACGAAAACCACCACGUUUACUAUUUAGGCAAAAAACACCAAUUUCUCCCAGAGAAGCAAUCGAGGAAAAUGGGUGAAGAAGCGAAGAACACCAUUCAAUCUCUCAGGGAAUGGGUCGUCGAUCACAAGCUUCGCACCGUUGGAUGUUUGUGGCUAAGCGGGAUAGCGGGUUCGAUCGCCUACAACUGGUCCCAACCCAACAUGAAAACCAGCGUUAAGAUCAUCCAUGCUAGGUUGCACGCGCAGGCACUAACGCUUGCUGCAUUGGCUGGAGCUGCAGUUGUUGAGUACUACGACCACAGGACGGGAGCAAAGCAAGAGCGUGUUGCUAGCUUUCUGGGAACUCCACAGAAAGAUUGAGGCAGCCAGGACUUACAUUAAACGUAGAUGAACAAAUUACAAAAAUUGUUCAUCCCACCUCCCUCGAUAGUCUUAACAUUGAUCAUAUUUACACAUUCCGAGAUCAAUCACAGUUUUGAUUUACUAGAUGUGAUACCUCAACUUCAUGGAGGGUAAUUAAGUAGUUUGGAUCUUUAUUGUUAUCAAAGGAAUUAUUUUCGGUUGUAGUUUCA